UUGUGCAAAGUAAAACCACAAUGGAUGAGAGAAAGAGCCCCUCAUUACAAUUAACAAAGAUAGAGAGCACUGGUUGGCCAUUCAAACCCUAUCAAAUACCCGGAUGUUCCUUCUGUUCCAUGGUAGCCAUGGAAACCCUUCAAAACAACAACAUUAUGCUGCAGAAGAGCACCUGUCUGGUGUAGAAAACGAAUGAUAUCUACGGGUUUCCAAAUACCUUCUCAAAGUACGUUUUGAUAUACGAAGAGAAACAUGAUGGAAGAGAGGCCUUCAUCAAACCUAAGCUUGAGAGCAUCUGAAAUCGUGAAAAAUGUACUGGAGAACGCGCGCGGUGUUCUCGGCCACCACCAGCGAGAAGUGCAACACUACACCGACUACGACUUCAGAAACAUCGAAUGGAUCACUUGCAAGGACUUUACCAUUGAACUGGGGAAACAGCAAGUCGAGGAGUACAUCCACACAUGGGAGGUGCAUCCCAGCUGGCUUUGUAGCCUAGAAUUCCUCCAGGAGACGGAUCAUGAGUUUCACAAACAGUACCACUACCGGACACAAUGGAGCAUCCCCUCCCGACGCACCCCGAUCCCCAAGGCGACGGCCUGUGUCUACUUUGUCAUUGUGAUCUCCAAGAUCAAACCUCAGACUUUGCCCGUGGAGGUGUUCUUUCUAGUGGAGUCGAACAGGCUGACACACAGGCCAGGGAAAACGAGGUUCAGGGAGAAGUGGUUGAAAGACGUCAUCGAGAGCAAAACGUUGCUCCAGAAUACUGUAGACUUUUAGCAAUGUAAACAGAAUGGACAGCUAACGUUUCUGUGGCGAAUAUUCAUCUCUUAGGAGACACCUAGCGAGCACAUAUCCAAGGCAGAAGGGAACACAAGGGCUUGUAUCAAUAAAGGGACUUCAUGUCUAUUA